UGAGAACAAGCCGGGUGGGCAGACGGAGCGUCAGCAACAUCCCAGCUAGCUAGCUACCUAGCUAGCUGGUUUUUUUAUUUUUAUUGAUACGACACGAACUUGUUUUUUUCAUAAUGUACCUAUAGAAUAUAAGAUCUUAAGAUGACACAGAAAGAUACAUUAUUACAUCUCUUCGCUGGAGGGUGUGGCGGAACGGUAGGGGCCAUCAUGACCUGCCCCCUGGAGGUGCUGAAGACCAGGCUCCAGUCUUCAGGGAUCUCUCUCAGGCCUGUGUUUCAGGUCCAGCUGGGCACGCUCAACGGCGCCAGUGUCAUCAGGCCUGGACCUGUAACACCGGGUCUGCUUCAGGUUCUGCGCUCAAUCCUGGAAAAGGAGGGACCAAGAUCACUUUUCCGAGGACUAGGUCCAAACCUAGUUGGUGUGGCUCCUUCAAGAGCCAUUUACUUCGCUGCAUACUCCAACUCGAAAGAGUGUUUCAAUGGCAUCUUUGUGCCCAACAGCGGAGUGGUGCACAUGUCCUCAGCUGGAUUCGCAGCCUUUGUAACAAACUCCCUCAUGAACCCCAUCUGGAUGGUGAAGACCCGGAUGCAGCUGGAGAAAAAGGCGCGGGGAGAGAAGAGGAUGAACGCAGUGCAGUGCGCUCGGUACGUCUACAGGACGGAGGGGAUCCGCGGCUUCUACAGGGGCCUGACGGCGUCGUACGCCGGCAUCUCGGAAACCAUGAUCUGUUUCCUCAUCUACGAGACGCUGAAGAAGCACAUGGCGGAGGGCCGCUUAAAGCCCAGCAGCGGGAGCGACAAGGGGGCCUCGGACUUCCUGGGACUCAUGGUGGCUGCCGCCUUCGCAAAGGGCUGUGCCUCCUGCAUAGCCUAUCCGCACGAGGUGAUCCGGACCAGACUCAGAGAGGAGGGCAGCAAAUACAAGUACUUCUUCCAGACAGCACGGCUGGUGGCAGUGGAGGAGGGCUACGCUGCUUUUUACAGAGGACUCAUUCCACAGCUCAUCAGGCAGAUCCCCAACACGGCCAUCGUGCUGUCUACCUAUGAGCUCAUCGUCUACCUGCUGGGCAAGCCCUCUCAGUGACACGGCGAGAGAGAGAACCUGCCGGCCAGAAGGAGGAAAAGUUAAACCCCAAGCACAAUGUAGAAACACACUGUUCUGACGGGCGGAUGGACACAUGGCGUUGCACUUUCUGACAGGCAAAAGGACUUUUCCUUGAAGAAUCGGAUACAGAUUUAACUCCGAUCCAAAGACAUGGUAGACCCACCUUUUAUUUUAUUUAAAAUGAUGCACAUUCGUGAGGUUUUUUUUGGUGGGUAAAAAGAACUGCAGAAUCUGUGUCUUCUGGCUUAUUUAAUAAUUCAAAGAGAGAUGAUGGUGGAGAAAAUCUCCAAAUCGAUAAAGACAUAGCGCAGUAAAUCACAACAUAGAAAACAGGUCAUUAGAUGAAACAGUACUGUAAAAUCUAAAACUAAAUUAUUAUUAUAUUAUUAUUGUUGUUUUUGUUUUAUUAAUAGUUUUACUAUUGUUUUUUUCUUUUUCGUUUUUAACCAAUGUUAAUUAUCCAAAGACAAUUUGAUCCACCAUCUUGAUAGCAGUUUAUGAUCUUGUAUGAAAGCAUGUCCAAAUGCACUAGAGAGUAUAUAGGUUUGCUGCAAACAUAUAGGAUUGUUGUUUUUAGGCAAGCAUAUAUAGACUGCAUCUUAUUUUCCUGUGGAUUCUGAGUGUUCAUAUUCAUGCUCUUAGGGUUCAGCUGGGUUUAAAUGACCAUUUCUGCUCACUCUGCCACCUGUCAAUUUUUUUUAUAUAUAAAUUUGUCCU